AUGGACAAGUAAUUGGGAUAACCACAUUCUGGAGAGAAUUUUGAAACAAAACCCAUUUAAAAAUGUGAGGAAGAUUCACAAGAGUGAACUACAGCUGGAGUUAAUGCUUCGAGAACCACCACACACACACAUAUUCAAGACAUGGGUUUCAGUUGUCCCAUCCCUUGUGUCAAACCACUCUUGAACAAGAGAUGGCAUCAGAAGCAUCUUGCCUGAGAUAAAGACAAAAAUUACUGGACUGCUACUGAGUGGUCCAGUUAUGUUCUCUGAUGAAAGUAAGUUUUGCAAGGUGAUGUUUCACACUGAUGACUUGAACUUAACCAUUUUGUAUUCUUGGUAAGUACUACUUGUACCUGUUGAGCCUGAUGUGUUAAACUGCAUGUCAAAAUUCAUAAAUAAAAAUUGAAAAAAGAGAAGCACAUUAUAUAACAAUUUAGUGCAAAUUUAGUAGAAUAAUCUAGGAUUCCUUAGAAAAUAACUUUUUGCCAAUUUGAGCAAUAAUCUGAAYUUGACUGCAUUGAUUGAUAACUAUCAAUUUGUAGUGGAUGAACUUGACUUUUAAUCUGUCUGUAUGAUUGGACUGAGUAGGCCAUGACACAACAAGGGUUGUGAGUUGGACUAUAUAAUUGAACUAAAUUGAAUUGAAUUAAAAAUUAUGAUCUAAGACUUUUCCAAAUUUCACAAGUAGAGUAGAUCCCAGCAUCUAACGCUGGUUAAAUCCAAAGCUUUAAAUUUAUGUUCGAUGAAUAUAAGCACCACUGUUAAACUGGAAGAAGGUGUGUGGGCAAAAGCAUGACUUGUUUCUAAAUUUAGUACCUUGAAGAGGUUUCUGCUAGGCCCUGGUAUGGCUUUUGCUUCUCCAGUGACAGCCCAUCCCAUCCAGGAUCCCAGCAUGCCUCAGAACUGUCAAACUGCGCAUCAGGUUUCAUUACCAACGACUACAACGGUAGCUGUUCAUCCACUUUGGAGUUGAUUACUGCUUGGGCUUCAGUCUGACUGUUACCCUGUCUGAAAACAUCAUUUUCCUCUAUAGCUAUAGUAUGCUGUCAGGAGCCUGUUGAUCAGAAAGGAUGUCAUCAGACUUCUACUCGAGCGAUGGUUUAUUGGAGAGGGGGUCCAUCCCCCUGGACAUCGACAACGUCCACAUGCUUCUGCAAGUGGAACAAGAGCAAAUCCAGAAGAGAACUUUCACCAACUGGGUCAAUGCUCAGUUGGCAAAGCGGAGGCCACCAUCAACGAUAAGAGAUCUGUUCAAUGAUUUCCGGGAUGGUUCCAAGCUGUUGGACCUGCUGGAGGUGAUGAGUGGUCAGUCCAUUAAUCGGGACAAAGGCAGGGGAAUAUUUCAAAACAGGAGCAACAUCGGAAAAGCAAUUUCCUUUCUGAAGAAAAAAUCGAUCAAAUUAGUCAACAUAAACACUCCUGAUAUAAUUGAUGGCAAACCCUCCAUUAUCCUGGGCCUAAUAUGGACAAUUAUUCUUCAGUAUCAUAUUGAAGAGUUGGCCAGCUGCCUCUCAUUUGAUUCCCGUCAGUCGUCCAUGGAGUCUUUGGCCAGUUUGGACAGUCGCUCCACGCUCUCAAGCCGCUCAACCAGCAGUAGCCCUGUUCCUCCUAAAGGCUCUCCUUUACACAGUCGCUUUCGAGUUUCUGCUAAGAAAGCCCUGUUGCUAUGGGUCCGAGAGCAGUGCCACAGAUCUGGCUGUUCAGUAAGCAUAAAAGACUUCAAGGCAAGCUGGAGGAGUGGUGUGGUCUUUCUCGCAAUCCUGAACGCCCUCAGACCCAACUUGAUAGAUCUUUCCAAAGCCAGAACCAGGAGUAACAAGCAGAACCUUGAGGAGGCCUUCCACUUUGCAGAGACAGAACUUACGAUUCCAAGACUGCUAAACCCCAAUGAUGUGGAUGUCAGAGACCCAGAUGAGAAGUCCAUCAUGACAUAUGUCGCUCAGUUCCUGCAAUACUCUAGAGAUGUGGCUGCCCAAGAAGAAGAGAUGCAGUACCUGACUCCUCCAAAAAGCCCCUCACCUAACAACGUGCCUGUUCACUACACUCCUGCUAUUUCUGCUUCACCUCUUCAACAGGCRACACCUGAUCGCAGUGCCCAGGAAGUGACUUGCUGGCUUGUCCAGGCCUUUGAUGAGCUGUUGGAAGGAUGGGACUCCACAGAAGGAGAAAGCUACUCUGAGAGAUACCAUGUUUUUCAGACUUUUCUUGUGUCCUUUAAUGAGCAGCGUAGGCCCAUCAUGCCUUUACUGACAGCAAUGGGACGCACUCCAAACAUAAGCCAGGAUCAAAGGUCUCUUAGAGACUCAUGGGAAUGCCUCAGUGAAAAGCUGCGAGAAUACAAAGUUGAGUUAGACAGGUGCCUUCCUGCCCCUCUGGAUACUGUAGCUGGAUGGUUGCUAAGAACAGAGGGAGCUCUGGCUGAAGAACAAGGUGACUCUCAAGAUCAUGGCUGUGCUGCCGAUGAAGCAAGGGAGAAACAGGAGCUUCUCAAGAUUUGUUUAGAGGAGAUGCCACAGAAAUUGAAAAUCUUCCAGUCCUUCCAAAACCUGGAUGACUUUGGAAACAUGAUGGUUCCAUCAGACAAGAUUGAAGAACUAAAGAGGAGAUUCACCAAUGUGAGAGUGACUGCUAAGUACCAUGGGAUCAAGCUGGAAUACAGAGAGCACCGGCACACAGUUCUGGAUCUAUUGGGACAGAUCAGGACCAAGCUCUGCAUCUCAAAGAGACUCUUCAUUUCUCCAGAGGCUGUCAGAGUGUUGCUACAAGAAUGGGACGAAAUAAACAAACAGGAACUCCCCUCUUUGCUUGAAGCUGCACUUCGCAAACUAAAGCAGAUUUCUGAGAAAUAUUCAAGCAAAUCUGCUCUCACUUCAGAUUAUCACCACGUGAUUCAGCAGGUGAAGCAACUUGAGGAGAACACUGUUGUUGUUUUGGAGGAGGUGUCAUCUGCCAAGAUUCUGAUGGGCCGGAUUCUGUCUGCCUGGGACUCAUACAUUGACUGUUUGAGUUCCCUUCAGGCUUGGCUUGAACAGAGCUCUGCAAUGCACAAUCAAGGCAGAACAUUAAUGGUAACAUCUGAGUCCAUGAGGGAGUGGGGCUCUAGGCACGCCCAUUUGAAUGAGGUGGCUAAUUUCCUGAUGGAGUCAACAGACCCUCAGACCAGUAGGGGUCUGGCAGAAGAGCUAUGGAAACUCAACAAGCACUGGGCAGAGUGUGUCAAAGAAAACACUUUGGAGUACACAAAAGCGCCCACUGCAGAUUUGCCAACCAACUCUCAGGAUCUCCAAUAUUUGAUAAGACAGGCUACUCUGAUUCUUAAAGAGCCUCUAGAAGUAAUGGCAGGUCCUUUGAGAGUGCACAGGAAUCACUUACAGUUCACACUAAGGAAGAUAAAAGAAGUAAAUCUUGGGACUCUUGAGCCAUCUGCAGAAAGUCCACUGGAUCAGCUUCAGAAACUUAGACAUGCUAUACCUGAAGUGAUGCAAACCUUAUUUGAAGCUGAACAAGUUUGUGCAGAGCUCCAGCAUAGUGUGUCUGGGUUGGACACAAGACUGGCUGAACUUCUACUCUGGGAAAUGGAGGCCAGGGAGCUGUAUGAGGUGCUGAGAGCCAGAGAUCAACAACAAAAACUACAGGGCCAGGACCCAAGAGCUAGGGUCGUCAUUUCCCGAGGUCUACAGCUGGAGGGCCAGGUGGUCACAGAGGAGCAAGACCUGCAGGUCAUAUUUAUGACUAUUCAGAAAACUACACCUAUCCAGUACCUUUAUGCCUCUGCAAUGCAGAAGCGAGUUCAAAAUGCUGUUGCCCAGUCCCAGGAAGCUAUUGGUUUGCUCAGUAGUCUCGGUACAAGAAGGAACAAAAGCCCCCCAGAAGCUAGUCCUCCAUCAAAAAUUUUUAUUCAGGCUAAAAUAAUGCCUCAACACUUGAAGCUGUCAGAGACRAGGAUGCCAACUCAUCAGUCAGAGACAAAUGACAUUUCAAAUCACAGUGAAGUCUCUGUGCCAAAGAUAGUUGUACAAGAAUUCAGAGCAGAAAAGAUAACGUCUCCAUCAAUGCCAAAUACCUAUGCACAAGUUGUAAUACAGAUAGAGAGCCAAACUCAGACUUGCCAAGAUGCCAAUGCACAAAAACAACAGACAAUUCAAGAUACUAGUCGGAUACCUCAGCAGCAACCACAACAACAGGACCUUAGCAAAAAACAUGAGCAAGAAAAACAGCAGCCAUUUAAAUAUGAACCAGAGCAAAAACUAGAAGAUAACAAAGAGCAAGAGGUGAAUCUAGAACAACCACGACCAUGUCAGGAUAAGCAAGAGGAACAAGACGGUCUUGGAACAAUUUGCCAGUUUCAAGUGAAACAGCACACACUCCCAAUUGUAAAAGAAGAAACACUUUUUAAACAGACAGCUAAGGAGAUUUUAUAUCAGCAACCAGCUCCAAAGAAAAAAUCUCUGAGUUCACAAGAACUUCAGAGCAGAAAGGCUCAGGCCAUCAAGAACCGUCCAUGGCUUCAAAAAGCAACCCGUUCAGAAAAGAAAAGUCCAGCUGCUUCUCAAAAACAAGAUUCUACAUAUGAUCCUCUUCAAAUGAGACAGAUCAAAUCACAGUUAAAAAGAGAAACAAAAAGUUCUGCUCCGUUAAUGUAUGUUUCGCAACACACGUUAACUGGUAAGACACCCCCUGAAUCCCAAGUGAAAGUGACUAGGCAAACACAACAACAAAAAAAACAAUACCAGUCUGCAAGGGAAGGGCAGCAACAAAAAAAGCUGUCUCAAGACUAUAAAAAACAACCACACCCACCUGUUAGACAGAUAGAACCUGAUUCGGGCACCAACAAUAAAUCUCAGAUCCAGUCUUAUACAAAAUCACAUGUCAUAAAUCAGUCAGAACCAAAUGUACAGGUUAAUCUUCAGUCUGUACCCCAGGUUCAAAUCCAGUCCAGAAGUUUGGUUUAUUCUUGUGUAGAUAGUCCACAACCACCAACAACCAUGUCCCAAACCAGAAUCAGUCAGUCACAGAAACAAUUACUUCCACAAUCCCGCAAUCACUUUCAAACAAGUGUCCUUUGUGGACCUCAACGUCCCUUGCAUAUCCCUGCAGGGACUACAAUCAGACCCACGUCCCCUAAUCAGGCACCUCCACCAGGUUUUAUCCAGCUUCCCGUGCCAUCCCACAUUCAGCUUUGUAGUCAUUUACAAUCUUGGGCUCCUGUUAGACCCCCUUCUCCUAAGCCACUAACAACUGACAGGCCUGAAACCCAAGGGCAGCAAAGUAUGACUCAAUCUCUCCCUCAACCCCAGUUGAACAAAUCACAGCUUUUCGCUCAUUCAGUGUGCCAACCUCAAAUCCCAGCAAAUUUGGGAGAUCAAGUUCCCACAUCUCCUCAAGCCAUUUCCAAGUCAAUUAUCCAGGUUCAAUCCCAACCUCAGCAAAGAGUAAAUGUUCAAACUGAUACUUUUUCUAUUGACCAGGCUCAGAAUAUUACUCAGCCAAUGGCUCAGCCACCAAUUUGUCAUGAGGCCCAACAUGUAGUCUGUUUUCAAGAUCAUUCAGCUUCAGAUCCCACAACUCUCAGUCAGUCACCAGCCUUUCACCAAGGUUUUUAUUCUCCAUGCCAACUGCAGGCAUGGCCACAAGUUAGACCCUCAACCCAAAUGUCUGUUCAGCAUCUUCAAGCUACAACUCAACCUUUCCUUUGCCCUGAGAUUUAUCCUAAGCCUCGGUUUUCAGCUCAGCAGUGGGCAAAAUACCAAGAACUACAAAAUCAAGCAAUUUCCCAACAAAAGCACCCAGUUUCACAAAGGUAUUCCCAGCAAAUUGCUCAAGGUUCACAUUCUUGGGGAUAUUCAGCAGCUCAUAUUUUGCCACAGUGGCCACAGCAAGGAACUCAGAUCAGCUCCCAUGCGUAUGUAGUGGAUCUAUCCGGUACUCAGCCUCAAAUUAGUCCCCAGAGAAAUACUCAAGCCUGGACUCAAACCCAUCCCCAAAUAAGUUCCCAGAGUCAAGUCCUUCUCCAAAAGCAACAUCACUCUCAACCUCAGAUUCAAACUCAAAUACCUCUACCACCAUCACCACCAGACCAAGCUCAGUCACAGUUCUCUACACAGAACCAAGUACACAAUCUUCAAGGCCAGUCCCAAACACASACCCAGACACAGCUACAAAGUAAACUUCCUGCUAAGAAUAAUCAGCCAACGCCUAAUCCUCUCUUUCAGCAGCUCCCUCCCCAAUCCACACACUUCCAGGUCCUGUCGCACCCAGUGAUUGAAAUAAAAAKUGUGACACCUCCCCAGCCCAAACCUCUGGGCCAGGCAGAGUUGGAUCAGGCAACUCUGUUUGAAUUGUCAGUUCAGUCAAAGGGACAAUCAUCAGCCCAAUUAAAGACAAAACCCAUACGUGRCCCUAUACCACUAAUUGCUACAGCAACAACAAUACUCAAUGCAGAAACUUCGCAAAGCAAGAAGGAGCAGACACCGAUCACAUUAGAAACAGUGGCAUCAUCACAGGCCAAGGUUCGAUCACUACCUGCACCUGGUGUUGUGUCUGCCAUAGAACCUGUAGUUGAACAUCAGGUGCAAAAAAGGUCUGUGGUUCUGUCCCCACAAAAUCCUGAUGUAGAAUAUACACAGCAGUCCAAUGUGGUGACAAGAACUUCAUCACAACCAACAGCUCAGUCACAGAUUCAACACAGUGUUCAAUCAGUGACUGAACUUAAGGUGCAAUCAUCACUAAUACUCAAGCCUAAAAUCCAAUCUCCAAUACAAACCCAGCAGAAUAUUCAGUCACCAAAGUUGACCAAGGCCCAAAAUUCAGCACAGUCCAGGGUUCAAUUGUCCCCUCAGACAAGUCAACCAGUGUCAGCACUCACUUCUCAGAUUCAUGUGGAAUCUCUGGAUCUCUUCACUAAACCAUCCUCUCUAGAUCAAGCACCUUCCCAGGCCUUCACAGAGGCCUACGUGAAGGCCCAGGCUCUGGCCAGGAAUCACUUCGAGGAGGCCAAGCAUUGCCUGCAAGCACACAUUAUGGAAGCCAUCUCUGUCUUCAACGACAARCACCUGACAGUUGAGCAAGCAUCAGUAAAAGAGGAGGCUCUGCAGAGUCUUGACCCAGAGUUACUUGCGGAAUUCCUGAGAGCAGCCAAGGGAAUGGAGGCUUUCUGUACUCAGUCUCAACUCAAAUUGAUGGAAUUCUUCACUCAGUCUGUCCAGUCACAGUGGGAGGCUUGCUUCUCAGCUGACUUUGCAGAAGCCGGUCAGCACUUGGAGACCCUGAAACAGCUGUGUGGUACUCUGAGUCCUGAGGACACUCAUCACCUGGCUCAGACACAACUGGAGUGUGAAAAGAGAGUUCAUCAAGGCUGUGGUGAGGUUGGGACCACACAGAAGGGAUCUAAUAAAUCUAGUGAAAACCUUCCAGUUUCAGGAGAGGUGCCCCAGGUUCAGAAAACGAUUGAGAAGAAGACAGACAUUGAGAAGCAAGCAUUUGUGGAAGAGAUCACAAAGAAGGAAGCUUUGGAAAGAUAUGAAACUUGCAAAAGAACUCUGCAAGCUCAUCUGGCUAAAAAUGAACAGAACUUUAGGGAUGCUCCUUCUGACUUAAUCUCCCUGAAAGCCCUGCAUACACGACUCCAAGAAAUACAGUUUCUGAGACAGGAGACUGAGUUACUGUGGUCUGAGUAUGCAAACCAGUGUUCCCAUUUUUCACAACUGAGCGGGGACUCUUCGCUGGAGCAAGAAAAGGCAGAGCUGCUGGAGGUCUGGCGCAGCCAACAGACAGACCUUCAGAGGAGAGGGAGCUCACUAGGUGCUGCCCUCAGACAGAUUGAUUCCACAGAGAACCACCUGGUGGACUUUAAUGACCGCCUGGACCGCUAUCUGAGACAAUCCAAAGAUAUUACUGGCUUCAGCCUGGCCAGCACCAACAUCCUGAAAGAUAUCAAGGAGCUCCAUGACAACAUUCAUAGUGAGUUGGAUCAGUUGUCCCGACUGGACCCUGAGUCCAGUGACCUGGACCCUAGAGAAUACUUCCGUCUGACUCGAGAAGUUGAGACGCAUCAAGCCAGCCUGGAUCAGCUCCAACAGCAGGUCCAGAAGAGCGAAGCGGCAGCCCGUGCACUUGACCAAUUUCUCAUCUCACUACGCAAGGUGGAUGAUGACAUAUCAGGGGUCCAAGGUACCUCCUGCACUGAUUCUUUGGUCCUGCAGGACUGUCACUGCAAGCUGUCUCUGAUCAGACAGAGCAUUGACAGUCUGAAAGAAAAGGCACCUCAGCUGGACCUGCUCCUGCAAGGGGCAAGGCUGACUGUUACUAGGGAUGGUUCCCCAGCUUCCUGUCUUGACAUGGUGGCUGUCCUGCUCAGAAGCCUGGAGGAGGCUGACAGUGGACUGGCCAGCCAGCUGAGAGACCUUCAGAAAGAGACUCAAAGCAAAUCUUUUGGCCUGAGGAAAAUUAUAACACUUGGAGAGCUGAGGAAGCUUCAGGAUGUGAUUGAAAAACAAAGCUUGAAAGAGCCCACCAUGCCUGCUGUGCAGCACAGGCUUCGUGCUCUGGUAGACUUGGAGGGCCAGCUACAGGUUCAACAGUCUGAGGUUCAGAGUCUCCGAGAAAUGAAAGAUUUUCAAGGUGAAGAAGAGAACCUCCUCCAGGACCUGGAAAUGCAGUGGGAAGAGACUCAGAGAGCUUUCUUUGACCGGAAGAAGCAGUGCAAUGUUCUGCUGGAGCUUCUGAAGAAGUUACAGACCUGUCGCAGCUACCUGAGCACCACUAUUCAGAAAGCUGAGCAGACCAUCAGCGAUCAGGCUUCCUAUAUCGGCAAAGACAACUUGCAGAGAAGUAUGGAAAAGGUGUGUCAUAUGAAGGAGGAGUUGGAUGGUCUUGGUGAGAAGAUAGAAGACAUGAAAGGUGCUUGCAAGCAGCUUCAGUCAGAUCUGAAGAAGUUUCCGGAUUGCACUGAUGCUCCCUUUGAAGUUGAAGCAGACACUUUGCUGGACAGCUGGCUUGAUAUAACUGAAAAGACAGAUUCCUAUAUGGAUAACCUUCGAGUGGGAUUGGAACUGUGGGAGAAACAGCUGAUGCUUGGAGGAGAGGUGGACAACUGGRCUAGAUCUAAACUUGCCCUGUUUUCAGAAGGAAAUCCCUUCAGCAAUAUACAACAAGUUCUUGCCAUGAGAGAUGAGAUUCAAACAAAUGAGGAGAAUAUCGAACAUUUUCAUAAGAAGUCAAUUGAAAUUCAGGAGAUGCUGUUGAGUCAGGAGGCUCCUUUAGAACUACAGGUGAUGGAGACCCAGCUUAGGAAAAGAAUGGAACAGGUGAAGGAGUUAUUCACUGACUGCACAGAUGUUUUUGAGGAGAUCAUAGCUGUAAGAAAACAUCUGUUUGAGAAGAUAAAGGAGUGUUGGACAGGUGUGGAAAACAUCCAGAAUUGUCUCAGUAAAAUUGAGGCUUCAGAUGCAAAAGCAGAAACCCAAAUACAGGACCUAGAUGCAGACCUGAGUUCUCAGGAAGAGCACGCUGAAGCUGUGUUGAAAGAGGUGGGCUUGGUGUCCAGUGUGGCCAGUCCACCGGUACUGGAGGAACUAUCUAAUAACUGCAGCAGUCUAAGAGAAGCUAUCGCGCAUACCAAAGACAUGAUCCACCUGAAGAGGGAGGAAAGAGACAAAGGCCUGUUCAAGGUCAUCAGCGAUGAAACAGAAUUAUUUGAGGAAUGGUUCCAGGAUUUGCAGCUGUCUGUCAAUGAGUGCUUUGAGAGCCCUGAGUGCAGAUCAGAUGUGGAAACAUCUUUGCAAAAACUAACUGGAUUCUUAAAGUCAGAAGAUACAGAGAGACGUUUAAGGCAGCUCAAUGAUCAACUGGAGAGAGCUAAACAGCAGGUUUCUUCUCGGCAACUCUCAGAGUUUAUCAAUUGGCUGAAGGAGCAGCAGGAGGAAGUGGCUACAUUUAGAGCCCACUGCCAAAACAGACAGGAGCAAAUGGAAUCUCUCCUGGAUGACUUAAAUCGGCUACAGAAGCAACAUGAAAGCCUCUAUGAGUGGCUGCAAGACAAAGAAAAACAAUCGGUGGUGCCAGAAAAUGUGAAGCUUCUCUUCAAAGAACUUCAGGAUGAGAGUGUUAGAGGGGUAGCCCUCAGUGAGCUUUUGGCAUCAAUACGCAGGCAGGGGGUAAGAGCUGAAAACAUCCUGAAAGAUGGGGACAACUUGUUACAACGCUACAGAAAUUUGGAGACUCGGCUACAUAAACAGGCUACAGCCCAGAGUGUCCUGGACAAGGAAUACAACAAGUUCAACAAUUCCCAGGCAGAGAGCAUUAGAACCUGGAUUAGUGACCUUACACAACCACUGACCUCUCCUAGCAAAGACAACAACACGGAGGAUAUGAAGAAUAAAGCAAUGAUGAGAGAAUUGGAUACUCAUCAAAGUAACACCGAUUGCUGGAUUGAGGGUCUCCAACAACAACUGGUGUCUCUGGCCAACCAAACUAAACCUGGGGACAGACUUCAUGUAGCAGAGGUCAUAAUGAGUUACAAGGCUGACGGUGAUUACAGAGUCCAGAAGCUCAAGAGUCUUUGUCAGAGUGCUUGUUCACAGGAUCUUGGCGAACAGAAAAAGCAAGACCUUGCGCAAAGAUUACAAGACAGUGAGGAACAGUGGGCAAGGCUGUUAAAAAAUGCUAAACAAGCAAUGAGAGAAGCUGAAAGGCAGUGUACUCUGGAUCUCCAAAUCAGGAACUUUGAAGCCUUGAAUGAAAGCAUCGGCAACUGGCUAAAAGGAAGGCAGAAGGAUCUCAUGUCUUUGGAUAAUGAGGCUGAUCUAGAACAAGUGAUACAAACGUCUCAAAACAUCCUGAGCCUCAAGCCUGAGGGAGACUCAAAACUGUCUGAACUGACAAGACAUAGCCAGAGUUUGUCUGAGCAGGAAGAAAUUUCAGUGUAUGYGCAGCAAGAGGCCCAGAAGGCAGCACAAGACUCAGAGGAACUAUGGAGGAAAGUCCUGCAGACUGCUGAAAACACUCUGCUGAAAGCUGAGGUCCACUACUCACUGUCUAGAGAAAUGUGGACCUUCCGAAACCAUGCAGAUAACACAAAACGUUGGAUUGAAGGCCUGGAUAAACAAGCUGAAUGUAUGCAAGGUGGGAUGCAGGGCAGCAAGGCUCAGCUAGAGGAAAGAAUGAAAACUGCACAGGUCAUUUUGAGCUUUAAGUCAAAUGGUGAAAGUCAAGUGAUGGAGCUGAAGAGGCGAGCGCACAGUCUCUGUGACUAUGCAGGCCUACCAGAAGAUAAGAGGAUGGAGGCUCAGCAGAUUGUCCAGGAUGUAGAGAUACAGUGGAGGGCAGUUUUGCGAACUGCUGAGGAGACCCACAGACAACUGCAAGGUGUUAUGGACCGCCUGCUUUUUUGCAAGUUCAAUCAGGACCAGGCAGAAGCCCUACUGGCUGAGAUCCAGAAGGAGGCAUCCAGCCUUCCACAGACAUUCACAUGGCCAGGCUUGGGCCUGCGUAGACAGGCUGUAGAGCAGGCCCAGACCCUCCUGGAGCAGAGCACAACCUUAGCCCCUGUAUUCUCAGAUGUGCGUUCACAGGUUGAGGAGCUGUAUGAAAUCACACAAGACCAAGUUUGGAUUGAACCUUCCUGGACAGCCAAGGAGGAGGCCAUUCCUGCCCUUCUAAAACAGCUAACUGAUGUGGUAGCAAACUUGGAGCAAGGUAUUGUGAUGGAGCGGCAGUGCACUCUGCUUAUUGAACAGCAUGAAGCAGCUCAGGACUGGCUGAGAGAACAGAUUAAAGGCCUGGGACCCGCACCUACAGACAGAUCUGGCCUUUACAAUUUUGUCAACACCCUAAAGGCUUUGCUCCAGACAGUUGAUAGGGAGCAGAGAGAGAUCAUGGAACUGGAUUCUGCCAAAGACUGCUUGUUGAGUCUCUGUACUCCUGGAGGUCAAGAUGCUAUCACACUGAAGGUUCGCUACCUCCAUGAACUAUGUGCCAAAUCAGAGCAUGAAGUGAGGAAGCACCUUACAACCUGUGAGAGGCGGUUAGAGGAGAUGGACUGUGAACUGGCCCAAAUAUCCCAAGAGUUAAAGGAGAGAGCGGCUGCCCUGCAGUGGGAACUGCGCUCUCUGGAUCAGGCAUUUAGUUACAGUGAACCACAGAACAACAUAGCUCAGCUUCAGCAGCACUGGCACAGCCUUCAGAACUGUGAGAACUCACUGCUGGAUUUGGGUGUCAAAGUUCAUGACCUGUACCAAGAAGUAAAAUCUGCAACAUAUACCAACACGUUACCUGCAGAAAUUAUCAGUUUGGUUGAAUCUUUAUGCCAGCAACAUACCAGGAAAUUGAACAGAGAGGCGAACAACUGCCUGAUACUCAGUCCUUGGAUAUGUCUCAUGUAAAACUGGGGGAAACAAAGAGUACUGUUGUGGCACCACCACGUAAGAACCGUAGUUUCCAUGACAAGCAAAGUACAUCCUUACCCAAGACGUCUACA